UCGUGGCUCCGUCUCCGCUCGACUCCGGCUCCGUGUAGAAACACGUGUGUUCCUCGCAUCAUGGAGUUUGAGGGCUGCUGCUGCUUCAGACAGAGACUCGUGUUGUCCACGCUGAGCGGAAAACGGGUGAAGAUACGAAACAUCAGAUCUAAAGAUGACAAUCCCGGCCUGCGAGACUUUGAAGCCAGCUUCAUCCUCCUCGACAAAGUGACCAACGGCACCCGAAUCGAGAUCAACCAGACGGGUACGGUGUUGUUCUAUCAGCCGGGUCUGCUGAGCGGCGGCUCGGUGGAGCACGAGUGUAACGUCCAGCGCUCCGUGGGUUAUUAUCUGGAGGCUCUGCUCAUGCUGGCUCCGUUCAUGAAGACGCCGCUCAGAGUCGUGCUGAAGGGCGUCACCAACGACCCCACGGACCCCUCGGUGGAUCUUCUGAAGGUCACCGCUGUUCCUUUGAUGAAGAAGUUUGGGAUCGAUGGAGACGGCCUGGAGAUAAAGGUGCUGAAGAGAGGCAUGGCUCCCUCGGGAGGAGGCGAGGUGCUCUUCACGUGUCCUGUUCGGCGCUCCAUCAAACCCCUGCAGCUCACAGAACCGGGGAAGAUCAAGAGGAUCCGAGGAGCGGCGUUCUCGGUGCGAGUUUCUCCUCAGAUGGCCAACAGGAUCGUGGACGCGGCCAGGAGCGUCCUGAACAAAUUCAUCCCGGAUAUUUACAUCUACACCGACCACAUGAAGGGAGCCAGCUCUGGGAAGUCUCCGGGCUUCGGCCUGACGCUGGUCGCUGAGACGCUGAGCGGAGCGUUCCUGGGAGCAGAGGUCGUGUCCACCCCACAGGGACAGGGAGAGACGCUGCUGCCGGAGGACUUGGGCAGGAAGUGUGCUAAACUACUCCUGGAGGAGAUCUACAGGGGAGGCUGUGUGGAUUCGACCAAUCAGAGUUUGGCUCUCCUGUACAUGACGUUAGGUCAGCAGGACGUGUCUAAAGCGCUGCUAGGAGCCCUCUCCCCCUACACGAUGGAGUUCCUGAGACACAUCCGAGACUUCUUUCAGAUCAUGUUCAAGAUCGAGCAACAGAAAGCUGAGGAAGAUGAACGGAGAGGAGGAGAGAAGGUCCUGAUGACGUGCGUCGGAGUCGGAUACAGCAACAUCAGCAAAACCAUCAAAUAAACAGCGUUUUAUAGCCUUUUUGUGUUUCACUGUAGAACGAUGACAUUCCCGUAUUCUUUCAUAAAGAAGUGCGUGCUGAACAUUG